AUGGAAGAGGCUAAAGACGACUUGCACGGUCGCUGUCUUUCAAGCCUGGACUGUGUGAUGAAGAACAGAGAAAUGUGUCCUCCAGGCCGCCGGGAAUGUGGCCCCUGCAUAAGCAACUAUGAGGAAUCCAAUUUUGGAAUGUGCAAAUUAAAAGUGAGCAGCAGAUUGAAGAUCCUGGAGCCCGAUUCAGUGAUAGAUGUUAUCCAAGAAUACAGUAUCAGCAAAGGACACAGAAUAAACCCAACGGGGACAGUGUCCACCACUACCAUGACCACCACCACCGCCGCUGCUGCUGCUGCUGCUGCAUCCCCACAUCUUACUUCCGCAGGAGAUAAACCCAAACUUCUCCAAAGUAGCUCUGAUGUCCGCACCCCAUCACUGCUCGCCUCUACGUUCCCACCACAGAUGAAAGAUAGGAAGCUGGGCAGGAGGAGGAAGAGCGAGAUGAACCAGACCAUGUCACUAACGCUGAUAGUCAUCUGCAGCCUGACCGCCAUGUCUGGGAUACUUGUGGUGGCAACGUGCUGGUACAGGUUACAAAAAGAAGUGCGUCUUGCACAAGAGAUGGCGUAUACAGCAUACAAAGGGAGCAGGCAGCACCCAAGCCAAAGGUCGGCAGAUCAGAUGUCUCACUAUAUGCAACAUUACAGCGCUCAGAAGAAGCACUUCCAGGCACGGGAGAGCUCAGAAAAGAAGCCUUGCCAGCAGCUGUCCACUGACUCUGAGGCGGAUACUGAGGAAUUUGCCAUCUACGAGUGUCCUGGACUUGCCCCUACAGGAGAGAUGGAAGUUCAUAAUCCUCUGUUUGACCCGUCACGGACCAAGCAUUGA